GUUGAUAAAGUCACUAGAGUGUUUAGCGGCCCAUCACGAUGUUGAAGUUGAUUUGUGUCGUCGCUGUGGUCGGUUGUUCAGUCGCGGAGAAGCGGUGCCCACCCAAGUCAUGGCGUGCAGAAGAAGUAUCCCUUGGCUUGUAUCUUCCCAAAAUUGACAACGUGUACGAGCCGCGAAAGGAAGGGGACCACAGCCUGGUGUACUAUGACGCUGACAACAAAAGGUCCGCCAUCAUCUCGAAUUUCACUGUUGGCUCAAAGACAGGGGACAACAAAUACAUCUUCGACUACACUGCAGGAAAGAAAUACACGAUCGAUCUGAAGGCUAACACAUGCAAAUCAGAGUCGUUCACAGAAACCUUCAAAGAAUGGUGCAUUACAGACGACGCCACGUUCCUGUACGACGCCAAGUUAGGAUACACAGCUGACGGCACGGACACCGUGGAUGCCAAAGUCUACUACACAGAAAACGUCGUCCACAGCCACACUGUGGGACAUAUUACGGCCAUCACCAGCGACCUCAACGUUCCAAUACAAUCCUAUACAUUCGGACGCGGUGGGGAUAAGUACCUGCUACUGUCUCUGGUAGGCAACGUUGCAUCUCCGAUACCUGCUGCUGAUGCUGACGUCUUCACUCCCCCGGCCAGUUGCAGCAGCUCGUAUCUCCCAGAGGCUGAGCUGGACCUGUCUGCUGGGCCUUUGAGGAGGCUGCUGCUGGGCCUUUGAGGAGGCUGCUGCUAGGCUGAAGUGCAACAAAGUCUGAACAAGAAUGGCCGCCGUUCCCAAAAGAUUGACGAUGAGAUUUAUGUAUGAGAUUCGUCCCCGGAUUUGAUAUGUGUCACAUAUUGCUGUAUCUGUGUGUUUAUAUACCUUGUUGAUGUAUCUUUUGUAUCGUUGUAUUGUCAAUAAAAUUACUCAGUGCAUUAAA